ACGCUGAUGACGACGACGGCGACGACGACGAAGAAGAAGACGACGCCGGAAAACGCCAUUUUGUUGCAGAAUUGGACCAUUGAAGAAGGACCGAGAAGCAUUAAAAGGUGAGCCAAGAUGGGGAUCAGUUUUAGUCAUGUUUUAAGCAGAUUGUUUGGCAAGAAAGAAAUGAGAAUCCUCAUGGUAGGACUUGAUGCUGCUGGAAAGACUACCAUUCUGUACAAGCUCAAACUGGGAGAAAUUGUUACGACAAUCCCUACCAUUGGAUUCAAUGUUGAGACCGUAGACUACAAGAACAUCAGUUUUACAGUGUGGGAUGUGGGCGGUCAGGACAAGAUCAGACCCCUCUGGAGGCAUUAUUUCCAAAACACACAAGGCCUCAUCUUUGUAGUGGAUAGUAACGACAGGGAGAGAGUCGGGGAGGCAAAGGACGAGCUGAUGAGAAUGCUGGCUGAGGAUGAGCUGAGGGAUUGUGUGGUGCUUGUGUUUGCCAACAAACAGGACCUGCCCAAUGCCAUGAAUGCAGCAGAGAUCACCGACAAGCUGCAGCUGCAGUCUCUGCGCGGUCGUAGCUGGUAUAUCCAGGCCACGUGUGCCACUAGUGGAGACGGUCUCUAUGAGGGUCUGGAAUGGCUGUCAAACGAGCUAAAGAAUGUAAAAUGAUGCAUCACUUCACCUCCUCUGUGUCAUCUCUGUGACUGCAGAAUGUGGGGGGGACUACCCUGGUCCUGGUCUCAUUCUCUCUUAUUUUUCCUCUCUUUCAUCUGAAGUGGUGGACUGUUGGCCAGUGCCCUCCCCCUCCCCUCCCCUCCCCCCCCUCCCCUCCCCUCUGCAUCUGUUCACUGUACGAGUGUGUUUUGAUAAGUAUUUCUGUAUGGAUGAGUGUGUGAGUUGAGUGGGAGCAGCCCUGCUGUGCCUUGAACACAGUGAACUCUCAAACACCUCAUCCCUCCACUGUAAGACUAAAAACACAGGAGUCCUGUGUCCUUUGGAUUUACAUCUGAUAGUGACAUUAAGGUUAUAUUUAUAAACGUUUAUUCACCAUGAAAUCAAGUUUAAUACACCACAGUGUAGGCCCUGUGUAUGUUUGACACAAUAGAAUACCUGACCAGACCAGUUGACAUUUGUUAUUGAACUUAGAUUUAGUGAAUUUAAGUGUGACAGCAGCAGUCAUCUUUUGAUUCAUAAUUCUCUUCGUUCUUGAAUAAUAAGAAGACACAUUUAUUGAAUCAUUACUUUUUCUUUUUUUUUCCAAACUAAAUGGAAUCCCCUCUUUGAAAGUUAACCUCCUUACGGCCAUGACCCCCAGUAUUUAUUUUCAUGAGGCCUUUUGUUUUUCCGUUGUCUUAUUUUUACACCCAGGAUAUAAAAAGACCCGUCAUGACUGGCUUAAGCAAAGGCAAUACAUGUUUCACGUUUACAUCUAUGGAGUUGUUUAGGUUGUAGCUACUAUGUUCUUAAUACAUGUGUGUGCCCUCUGGGUGCUGUGUGGGAUUUCCAGUCUUUUGGAAGGGUGAGGCCUUUUAAGAGUUGCUCCCACUCUGUCUUUUUCUUUACCGAUGGUCUUACUUUCUGUCAUAUUUAGUUCUCUGGGUUAUUGUGUUUUCUUUUCAAUUAUGGUAUAUUUUUUUAAUUGUUACAUUCAAUGCACGUGUGACCUGUUCUACAUAUGCAUGACCGGAUGUGCAAGGUGUGCAGUCUUGACUUUUCUUUUGAUGAUGCUCUUGGGACCAAAUUGGUUAGAUUUAGAAAGGGCUUGUUGUGUUUGCUCAGUUUUGGAUUCACUUCCUCAAGUGUUUCCUAAGGAAAAAACUUUUUUUCUUUUUUAACAAAUAGUCUGCGCUGCAAUACAUGGUACAGUUCAAUUAAAAAGUGUUUGCUCUGGACUAUCGAUGCUGUAAAUGCUUCCUCAAUGCUUCAGGCUUAAUGGUGGUUUUCCUGCAUGUAGCCAGGGCUCUGCUCCUGGAAGUCGUCGAUGUUAAUUCCCUCUGAUGCCAUUUGCACAAUCUCAUAAACUAGCACAACACAGGCUUGUGUGAACACAGUGGGUUAUCCAUCAGCCCUCGCAAUGAACCCACAGACAAUAACGCUUCCCAUUGCUCUACACCAGCAGACACCAGUUAACCCAGUAACAGAAUAGUUUCCCACGCAUCCAAUAAUCCCACAGGCUCAAGCAAGUAAUAAACCAACAAACUGAGCUGCCCCCUUACUGAGUGAAGAUGAUUUCACGUCAUAAUAUCACACUGACCCUCCAAAUUAAAAUACCCCUUCUCUUUUCAACCUCCGGAUAUGUUGUUUUCCUCACAGACUGUUCUUUUGGACCUUUCUUGACUUCCUAAACAUCCAUAAAGUUCAUAGGAGAAGUGGCAUGAUCUGGUAUACAGCAAGAAAUACAAAUGUAUAUAUAAUAUUCUCUAAGAAAAUGUAUUUUAACUUGAAGUCAUACACAUACCCUUGUUCAGAUGUGAAGCUUUAAUUUUAGGGAUUGUUUUUGUUGAAAUUACAGGGUAUGUGCAUCUGUAUUUCUUAAUUACCUUUAUGCUUUUUUAAACUCGUAGUAACAUCUGAUAAAUGCACUAUAAUAAAGAGAUCUCUAUUGUA